UCGGCUUUUUUGCGACGGUGUUGAUUGCCGAUCGAAAACCCUAACUACGCCUCAGGACAUGCAACGGCAGCCACCGAACCGAUCGAUCUCUUCCAUCUCCCUUUUCUAGCUAAUUAUCGUGUUAUGGAACUCGGAUCGAUGUUUAUACUCACCUGAGGCCACAAGGUGCACAAAUUCAAUCUUCUUAGGGAGGGUUGUUGUGUUAUUGUCAAUGGGUGCUCCAAAACAGAAAUGGACAUCAGAGGAGGAAUCAGCUCUCAAAGCUGGAGUUGUUAAGCAUGGAGCUGGGAAAUGGCGCACAAUAUUAAAAGAUCCAGAGUUUAGUAGUGUUUUGUCCCUGCGAUCAAAUGUUGACCUGAAGGAUAAAUGGCGAAACAUGAGUGUAACAGCACAUGGAUGGGGUUCUAGAGAGAAGGCCCGGAUGGCCUUGAAGAAGAGCCAACCGAUUUCUAAACAAGAAGAGGGCCCUUUGGCACUAAGUAUAGUUGAUGAUCAUGAUGAUGAGAUUGUUGAUGGUAAACCUUUGGCACAAGCAAGCCCUCUUCCUCUGCUCACGGCACCGAGAAAGUUGGUAUCAAAGAUAGACAGUCUUAUAUUUGAAGCGAUAACUAAUUUGAAGGAGCCCGGUGGGUCAAACAAGACUGCCAUCACCAUGUACAUAGAGGAUCAGUACUCUGCUCCGCCAAAUUUGAAAAAACUGUUAUCUGGCAAACUCAAGGCCUUGACUGCAAAUGGGAAAUUAUCGAAGGUGAAACGUAGAUACAGAAUAGCUCAAACUUCAGCGCAAUCAGAACAUAGAAGAACGAAAUCCAAGGCCUUACUUCCAGAGGGAAGACAAAAGGAAUCCUCCAGAGUGGAUAACAAGAAGGAUAUAAAAGCACUUUCAAAACCUCAAAUUGAUGCUGAAUUAGCACGAAUGAGAAACAUGACUGCGGAAGAAGCAGCUGUAGCUGCUGCUCAAGCUGUCGCCGAGGCCGAGGAAGCCAUUGCCGAAGCUGAAGAAGCGGCAAGGGAUGCAGAGGCUGCCGAAGCUGAUGCCGAAGCGGCCGAGGCUUUCGCCGAAGCAGCGUUGAAGGCUCUCAAGAAAAGAGCCAAGUCGAAUUUUCAAUUUUGAUGAGGGCCUUUGUGCAUUUUUCAAUGCUCUGCUUGCGAGCCAGAUGGUCUCCUUUCUGUUCAUAUAUGUAGAUGUAGUAGUGUAGGUGUUGUAAAUCCUUCACAUAAUGCCAGCUUCUUAUAGAACAUUUUCAUGAUCAGUUUCUUACAUUUCUUAUUUCUAUAUAUUACCUCAUGUUAU